AGUGGUCACUUCGUGCUUAACUGACGGGGUUGAAAAUCAAUGAGUGUUGCGCUGCUGCUUCAAAGUUUGGCAUCUUUGGCUAAUUGAGAGAGCUCGCCCGGGAAAUUGCACGCGAAAUAUAUACACAGAAUGAAAUCAUCAUUUCAAAUUUUGCUGUUCUGGAUUGCUUCGGUGAAUGAGGGCCUAUUAUUAACGCAAACCUACGACGAAGCUGUACUAGGUACUCUCUCAAAUGAAACAAGUCUGAUAGUGCCAAACGACAGUACAAAAAUCCUAUCCAGAAAAAAAAGAUUCCUUGUUUUUCCUCUGGGCUCCAGUUUUUCGGUCGCAGUAUGUAUGACGGUUGGCAUGUACGGCAACCCAAACUACAACAUGUUCAGUUGGGGCGUCAAUUGGGGUAUCGCGUACAAUUUGCCUAACGAAACGAUAAGCAUCCAGCAAGAUAUGAUGGAACCGAAGCCGAUGGCACAACGACGACACCGUCGAGAUUUGUAUCAAAAGAUGGAACUAGCUAUCAACAGGAUGGGCCACGAUGGACGGCAAUGCGUUCUGCGAGCGUUGUGCGAAAGUUCUCAAUUUUUCGGUAAAAAGGGCUCAAACAUGGCGAACGAAAUAUUGCGCAGUUUGUUCAGCUUUCCAAAGACCAGAGUUCUUUCGAUGGAGCCUGACGAUGUGAGAAUUUAUGAUGAAGCCCAUCGCAAGGGGAAGAGUCAAAUGAUGUGCCAGUCGUUGUAUCCAGUCUGUCGAUUUUCGCUAUUGGAGCUGGCCUUAGGCAAAUAUGCAAGUCCCUUGCGGUUUAUGUAAAUGCUUACACUACUGGAAGCGAAAACUUGUAAAGAUGCAAUUUGGAGUUUGUGUACGAUGAAAUUCUCAGGUUUUGUGUGAAGUAAGUUAUAGUCGCUUAUACGUGAAGUUACGUGCUUAACUGACUGAACACAUAAGUUAUUAGUUUUGUAAUGCUAGAGGAAUGAUAAUUGAAUUUUUAUUAUAUUUACUUUUAAAACAAAAAACAAAAAAGCACUCUAAAAAUAAAUAAAUAAGAAACCUA